GCGGGGCUUUUCCUAGUUGUCAUGUUACUGCGGCAGUCUCUACCCAUAAUCCCAUGCGUUCUGCAGACGGUGUCCCGGAAAUACUGCCCCGCCCACUUCCUGUACACGGAGCAGCGCCCCCGGUCUCAUCUGCUGCUGCUGCCUCCUACAGCAGUACCUGCUGGCAGAUCCACUCCCAAUCCAGAACACAGAGUAGAGCAGCACUCCAUAUAAUCUCACCAACACCAUCAUUCAACUGCUGGAGAGGAGGGGGAGUAUACAGAAGAACACAGGGAUCUGUACAAGGACGUGAUGAUGGAGAAUCACCGGCCCCUCACAUCACUGGAUGGGCCCAGUAACAGAGAUACCCCAGAGAGAUGUCCCCGUCCUCUGUAUUCCCAGGAUUGUACAGAGGAGAAUCACAGGAUCCCACAGGAGGAUCAGGUAGAACGUCUGUCUGAUAUUAAAACAGAAGAUACAGAGGGAGAAGAAGAGACGUAUGUGACUGGUAUAAAGGCAGAAGAUAUAGAGGGAGAAGAAGAGACGUAUGUGACUGAUAUAAAGGCAGAAGAUAUAGAGGGAGAAGAAGAGACGUAUGUGACUGAUAUAAAGUCAGAAGAUAUAGAGGGAGAAGAGACGUAUGUGACUGAUAUAAAGGCAGAAAAUAUAGAGGGAGAAGAAGAGACGUGUGUGAGGGGUGAUCAGCAAUGUAAGGAGGAGGAGAUCCCUACAGAUAUCGGCACAGCAGAUGGACACACAAGCAGGAAUAUCUCAGAAGGACAUCUAAUGUUAUCCCCGGGCUGUGACAUAAAAGAUAAUGACAGUAGACAGGAUUCUCCAGGGGCUAACCCCAUUACCCCAAUUAUACAUCCAGCUCUAUCAGCUGGUCCCUCUGAUCCUGGGAAAUGUUCUCCUGAUCACUCUGAUAUUGGUGCAUCUGUUACAGCUCUGAGAGUAGAUACAGAGUUUCUCUGUUCUAUAGAUGCCAAAUGUUUUACACAGAACACAAAGCCUAUUAACCCACAGACAGGUAAGGCAGGGGAGAGGCCAUUUCCAUGUUCUGAGUGUGGGAAAUGUUUUACACAAAAAUCACAUCUCGUUACACAUCAGAGAACUCACACAGGUGACAAGCCAUUUUCUUGCUCUGAGUGUGGGAAAUGUUUUACACGGAAAGCAAAUCUUAUUACACAUCAGCGAAGUCACACAGGUGAGAAGCCAUUGCGAAGUCACACAGGUGAGAAGCCAUUUCCAUGUUCUGAGUGUGGGAAAUGUUUUGUACAGAAAUCACACCUUGGUAGACAUCAGCGAAGUCACACAGGUGAGAAGACAUUUUCUUGCUCUGAGUGUGGGAAAUAUUUUACACGGAAAGCAGAUCUUAUUACACAUCGGCGAAGUCACACAGGUGAGAGGCCAUUUCCAUGUCCUGAGUGUGGGAAAUGUUUUACAUACAAAACAACUCUUGUUGCACAUAAGAAAAGUCACAAAGAUACAUCACCGUUUUCAUGUUCUGAGUGUGGGAAAUGUUUUACCGGGAAAUCACACCUUGUUACACAUCAGAGAAGUCACACAGGUGAGAAGCCAUUUCCAUGUUCUGCGUGUGGGAAAUGUUUUGCACAGAAAUCAAAUCUUGUUCUACAUCAGAGAAGUCACACAGGUGAGAAGCCAUAUUCUUGCUUCCAGUGUAUGAAAUGUUUUGCACACAAAUCAAAUCUUGUUCUACAUCAGAGAAGUCACACAGGUGAGAAGCCAUAUUCUUGCUUUCAGUGUGGGAAAUGUUUUACCUGGAAAUUACAACUUGUUACACAUCAGCAAAGUCACACAGGUGAGAAGCCAUUUCCAUGUUCUGAGUGUGGGAAAUGUUUUACACGGAAAGCAGAUCUUAUUACACAUCAGCGAAGUCACACAGGUGAGAAGCCAUUUCCAUGUUCUGAGUGUGGGAAAUGUUUUGUACAGAAAUCACACCUUGGUAGACAUCAGCGAAGUCACACAGGCGAGAAGCCAUUUUCUUGCUCUGAGUGUGGGAAAUGUUUUACACGGAAAGCAGAUCUUGUUCUACAUCAGAGAACUCACACAGGUGAGAAGCCAUUUUCUUGCUCUGAGUGUGGGAAAUGUUUUACCUGGAAAUUACAACUUGUUAUACAUCAGCGAAGUCACAUAGGUGAGAAGCCAUUUCCAUGUUCUGAGUGUGGGAAAUGUUUUACACGGAAAGCAGAUCUUAUUACGCAUCAGCGAAGUCACACAGGUGAGAAGCCAUUUCCAUGUUCUGAGUGUGGGAAAUGUUUUACACGGAAAGCAAGUCUUGUUAUACAUCAGCGAAGUCACACAGGGGAGAAGCCAUUUCCAUGUUCUGCGUGUGGGAAAUGUUUUGUACACAAAUCACAUCUUGUUCUACAUCAGAGAAGUCACACAGGUGAGAAGCCAUUUUCUUGCUCUGAGUGUGGGAAGUGUUUUACAGCGAAAUCAAGUCUUGUUUCACAUCAGAGAAGUCACACAGGUGAGAGGCCAUUUCCAUACUCAGAAAUAAAUUAGCUCUUGUUGCACACAAUAGACAUCACUCAGGUGAGGAACCAUUUUAUUCUGGAAUAUACUUAUCAUUGCCAUGUAAUGUUCCGCGAGGUUCUUAUCCUAUCUUCUAUGCUUUUUGCAAUACACAUGCUACCGCAGGGUGAAAUAAUCAGCUGUCAUGCCCUCAUCUACCACUGUUAUACAGAUGACCUGUCUUUUUUUUUCCGGGUACUGAGAACCCAAUACCAAUCCUAAAUGUCUAGCUGAGCUCCAGGUGUGGGUGAUGCCAGUUGGCUGUGACUCAGCCCUGGUGAAACAGGUCCUUAUGAUAGACGCUCACCAACAAAGGGCAGGGCUACAGCUCAGCUUUACCUACCAACCAGACUUGCGCUUGUGGGUACAGAGUUACAUAAUGCGGAUCAUGUGCAGAAUCUUGGUGUCCUGGAUGGGGGAGUGACACUUGAACAUCAGGUAUUAGCCACAAUCAGAUCCUCAUCUGAGGAACAUAGCCAGACUCCAGCACUUCUUUCCCUCAGAAGAUCUACCUACAGUCAUACAUGUACUUGUAUCAUCACGCAUAGACUACUGCAAUGUCCUCUACCUGGGUCUCCCAGCAAAAGAAUUGCUCCGCUUGUAGCUUGUACAGAAUGCAGCAGCCAGGCUGUUACCUAACCAGCCCGUUCCUGCCACAUAACACCCAUUCUCUGCUCCCUUCACCGGCUGCCUGUAAGAUGGUGACUCUGUUACAUGAUCUUACUGACUCUCCCAGCCCUACAUGACCAGGGUCCAUGGUACCAGAAGCAGCUUCUGUGUCCUUACUGCCCUGCUUACUUCCAUCUGCAGAUGAAGGACUGUUACCAGCAGUACCAAGAAUCCCCAUGCAGUGCUGAGAUGUCAGGGGGGAGACAGGGUGGUGGCAGUAGUGGGGGGAUACAGGGUGGUGGGAGACAGUGCAGUGGCAAGGGCUGCUGGAGGCAGUAAAGAGGUGUAUGGGUCCCGCACAGAACCAGUUGAUAAUUAGACUUAAUGAUUAUUAUUCCUUAUUUCUAAUUAAUCCCUUGUAUGUGUUACUGUUAUUUGCUGUGUCAGCCUUUAUGUGUGUUCUGUGUAAUAAUCCUGAAAGUAGUGCUACUACCGAUCUCAUAUCAUUUGUAGUAACUUGCAAAAAAUGAGGAAAAGAUGAGAUAUGAGGUUUUCUCUGGAAGCUUAUGGGGGUUAAUCAGAGAUGAACGCAGAUGUGACAUUACGCAGCCCCCCGGAAGAUGGUCCUGGCCUGCGUUAGCCUCUCAGGGAUGUCAGCGCAAUGUGUGUGUCAGCACGGCUGCUGCCACCAACAGUAAACUGCUGCGGGCCGCUAUUGCGGCUGGGUCUGAAUGAGCCUCAGAGGCUGUUGUGCAUAGAGUAUUUUUUAAGUAUCCAAUAUAGCCAAAAUGUGUGUAUUAAAGAUAUAAAAUAAAGUAGAUUAAAAGUAAAA